AUGGUAGUCCCAAUGAGCCACCCAGAAACUCUUGGAGAGCCAACUCUUCUACGCUGCCUAGGAGACUCCCCCGUCCAAGCCCUACACCAUGGAUGGGUAUCAGCCGAGCGCAGGCGUAGCUCCCUGGUAGUGAGUCUGCCAGGACUUGAGGUGUUCCCUGGAGACCUCCUGGUGUCAGACAGUGCCGUGGACUACCUGCCCUACUCACCCUUCCUGCUGAGUGCAGAGUCCAAAAAGUCAAGGUGGCCAUUUGUCAAAAGAGGAGUUGGUAAAGAAAAACAGAAGCAAGCAUCUGAUCUGGAAAAUUGUCUUUCAACUGUUAAGAUCAUAGACUGCUGCACAUAUGAAUUUUUCUGCUUUAAGAGUAAAUCUUGGCAUGAAUUUAUAAAUGAACAACAGACUGAGCAAAAAGAUGUCGACAGCCGGUUAGAAGUGAAAAAAGAAGCAGCAGUGUGGGAACUUUUCACAAGUGAAUGCACUUACUUUCUGGAUCAUUUGUUGGUUCUCAAGAUGAUAUUUAUGAACACUCUAAAAUACCUCCAGAGUAAUGAAUUUCUCUUGGAUGUGGAUUUGUGGAGACUUUUUGCAAACUUAGAGGAGUUAAACAAGAUAAGUCUCAGUUUUCUGAAAACUUUUUUUCAAACUGUGAAGGAGUAUAUCAGCAAGUCAGAGUCUCCCUUGGAUUUCAGUUCCAUACUCAGAACGUUUUUCCAGGGUGACCUCUGCCAGACACACCAGAUUUAUUGCCUUAAUUAUACUUCUGCUGUCUUCUACUUGGAAAAACUGAAACUGAGAGAAGAUUUUGGCAUCUACCUGAAAUGGUGUGAACAAAAUGAACAGUGCAAGAGGUUGCAUUUGCCAGAGCUGCUGGUCGCUCCUCUGCAUCGACUGACGCGCUAUCCUCUCCUCCUUAACAACAUCUGGAAGAGGAGCACUGAUGAAACAGAGAAAGGCCUUAUCCAGUCACUUAAGGAGAAAGUGGAAAAGUCCAUAAGGGACCUGGAAGGUAAAGUCAAGUGGUUGGACAACUUUCAGAAGUUCAGGCAGCUGCAAGAGGUCAUAAUUUGGCCUCAGGUCUGGGAUCGUGACAAAAGGUUCUUUGUCCCAGAGGGUUUGAAGCAAAGUUUAAGAGAAAACAGCAGUGAAAACAUUUUGUCUUCGGCGAACAGGCGUCUCCUUCAUGAAGGGAGGCUGAUGUUAGCAGAAAGCACAAGACUCCUUGAUGUCUACCUCUUCCUAUUCGAUGAUUUCCUACUAAUUACCAAAAUUAAACGUAACAAAAAGAAAUAUGGGGGCUCAGACGCCAGCUUAAUCUCUGUCUGUCCUUCCCUCACUCCUGAGCUGCAGUCCUUCGUAAGAGAGGGUGGAUUUUGCACAGUCCUGGACCAGCCCAUCCCACUAGACAGACUGAUACUGAAAAACAUUGAACCCGUCCAAGUUACAGUCUUCAGUCUGCGAAACGCUUUCCUAAUACAGCAUGAAAACAGGUAUCGGCAGUGUAUAGCAGUCUUCUUGCUACAAGCUCCAACAGAGACUGCCAAGAAAGCAUGGAAGUCACAGAUAGAAAUGGCAAUUGCUAAUUACACCACAAGACAUGAAACCAAGAAAAGCACUGAGUUCUGCUUCCCAGUUGAAUCCUCUGAAAUUUAAUAAUGCCAGCACUGCACUGACACAGCCAGUGGAAGAUUGCUGUGGUGAUAACACAGGUAUCUCUUCCAGAAUGCCUUAAGUUUCUGAAACUAACAGAUUUCUGACUUGACAAAAGUGAGCAGUUCGGACCAUGCCAUGUAGGAAUAAAUUGGAGGAGGAGAAUGAGCCAUGAAACAAAUGUAUGGCUCCUAGAAGCUAUUUUGCUUUAUUUAGGGAAGACUGUGUCCAUCCAGGGAAGCUUUAAUACAGCUUGUGAUUUCCUAGAAAGCGUGACAGGAAAAAAACCCUAUGUUGGUGAGGAGAAUUCAUUCACCAGAGAAGUCUAGAAGGCUUAUUGCAUCAU